AUGGCUUUGAAGGUAUUAACCCAUUGGAUCAACUACUUGCUUCGAGAUGGCCGGCUUUUGGCAUUUAACAACCUCGCACCCAAGACUAAGAAUUUGGUAGUUGCUGGGGGUUUGUCAGCCUUCGUCUUUGGUGUAUAUUUCUAUACCAUGAGAGCAGUUGGAGGUACGGAUGAACUCCAGGUAGCUAUAGAUAAGUUUGAGGAGCAGAAAAAGCUAGAGGCAAAAUCAAACAGGGGAUGAAAGGCUUGAGCUCAUCACUCUUUCUGUCAUAAUGUAUUCAAGAACUAGGUAAAGGUAAUUUGUAUGGCAGACAAAGUUAUGUGGUUAAACUCUGUGUUUAAUUGAUUGUCUUUGUUGG